AUGUCAACAGAAGAACCUGAGGCUUAGGGGUGUGAAUUAUUGGGAGGAUUUGGAAUCCUAGUGUAAUCGAUUUUGGGAUUCCUUUGCUUUUUAGUCCUUGUCUGUAACUAAUACAAUUUUAUCUUAAUAGUCAAGAGGCACAUUGAAAAACCAAAAAGAGUUUGGAAAAUAUUUUUAAUGGUAAUCCCAGAAUACAUAAUAUAGGAUACUGCUAAAUAAUUUGUUAGUGCUGUUGUGUAGCACUUCUUAAAUAUUGGAUUGGCUUUAUUGUUGAGUUCUGCAGAUAGUGGAGAUUAAUGUCAAUGGUACAUAAUAUUGUUAAGACAGGUAUUUUAUUACUUACAUGUUGGAUUGCACUCUAGGCAUGCUAAUUAAUUGUUUAUUGAUCACUCUCUUCGAAGCACUAUUUCAAAAGUUAGGCUAGACGGUAUGCAUCUCAAUAAUUUUGUAGCAAUUCCAAACUGGCAAUUAUUACACUAUAUCCUACCCACAAAUCACAACCUACUCUAUGAGUUCUGGCGAUGUGACCGAAACCAAAAAGGCUAAACCUAAAGUUGAGGUUGCUUAUGGAGUGUACGUGUUUUAAUUAACACUGUGGAUUUUAAUCGUUGUUGUAGUAAGUUAUCACUCAAUAAACAAGAGCAAAAUUAUCCUCUACUUCUUCUAAUUACUUUUGGGAGAAUAUUUAUUGACAGCUGUAUCAUGGAUGUUUUAACCUAUAAACUAAUAUCCAGAACUCGAGCUUAUUAUUGUACUAGUCAUCAUCCCUUUAAUAUUUAAUGCUCUUUGCGUAUCAAAACCGGUUAUUAUAGUUUUGGGUGCAAGAUUCAUUUCUCAAGAAAAGCAAAUUUAAGAAGAAGGAAAAAACAGCAGUCUUGGAUGCUCUAUAUGAGAAAACAGAUGAGCCUGUUGAAGUGGAAUUAGUAGACGGAGAUGAGAGCUGUAGACCUUCAAUAACUGGAAUUGAGCUACAGCCCUAGUAGACAAAAAAUGAAGUACUCGUCCCAGAGAUUGGGUCUAAUGUUGAAGUAAACGAAUAGCAAACUAAUUCAUCAGGUGAAGUUUGAUGAACA